CACACUCUUCCCUCUAUCACCAGUGCAUACAAUAUUUGUAAUGGCGAUCUUGACUUUCGAUCUGGACACUCUGCCGCCCCCCUACCAAGCUUUACACAAGGUCAUCGUCGGAGUGGACUAUGGCACUACGUUUACUGGAGUGAGCUUUGUCAACACUUCCCAAGGUGCCAACAACAUCCAUGUGAUUCGCACCUGGCCCGGCCCUGCUCGAGAGCAAGAAGAGACUUGGAAGACCCCCUCUCGCAUCGCGUACAGAUCCGAAAACCCUUCGAUCGGCGGAGGAGACGUUGCAUGGGGAUACCAAGUGGUUCCGAAGAUGAAGGCAUACACAUGGACCAAGCUUCUCCUUGAUCCGCAGAGCAGCCACAUCUCUCAGUCUCGGGGCCGCGAUCCCAUCGAGGAUGGUUUGAUGAAGAUACCAGCAUUCAAGGCCGACGCUCGUGAUGUAUGCACAGAUUACCUUGCGGAGAUCUACAAAUAUACCAUCUCCUAUCUGGAGAGACGCCUGACCCGCGAGGUCCUGCGAGAAACAACGCUGGAGUUCUGGUUCACCACUCCUGCCAUCUGGUCAGACAAGGCCAGACAUGAUACAUACCAGGCCGCUUCCCGUGCCGGCUUUGACUCGCGCCCCAUGGACGAGAUCAACAUGAUCACUGAGCCUGAAGCGGCUGCGAUAUCAACUUUGAACUCUUUCUCAAAGAGUGACAGCAACCCUGUCAACAUUGGAGAUGGGCUCCUGAUCUGUGACUGCGGUGGUGGUACUGUGGACAUCAUCACUUACCUUGUUACUCAUAUGCAGCCAAACCUCGAAUUUGAAGAGCUCUUGGUGGGAACUGGAGGGAAAUGCGGAUCAACCUAUAUUGAUCGCAACUUUCACAAGUGGAUGUCUGCAAAGUUUGGGUCAUCGUUUGAUAAGAUGAAGUUCGAGAAAAAGGGCCCAGGGAGUCACUUUAUGAAAGACUUUGAGGCCGAAAAGCGUGACUUUGGAGUCUCUGGGACGAUGGACAAAACGUUUGAGAUUGACCUGGUGAUGCCAGGCAUGACGGACUCGGAGAAUUACAAUUCUGAAGAUGGGGUUGUGAUGUUUACAAGCGCCGAUAUGAAAUCCUUCUUCCAACCUGUCACCGACGAGAUCAAGCGGCUUUUGAAAGACCAACUCCGCCAGCUGCGGCAUAAAUCUUCUGUCAAGAUCAAAACGUUGAUACUUGUGGGAGGAUUCGGCGACUCACCAUGGCUCAAUGACACUCUUACAGUCUGGUGUGGAGAACAGGGAAUCACCUUGAUGUGUCCAGAGAAUCCACAAGCGAGUGUCGUGAAAGGAGCUGCUUUACGAGGGUUGAGGAGCGUGCGUCCCAAGAAGCGCAAAUGCAGGCUUCACUAUGGCUUUAGAUCAAGUUUGAGAUUCCGGGAAGGAAUAGAUCCUGAAAGUGCGUCAUAUAUUUGUGAAUGGUACGGGGACAAGCAUUGUACGUCGCGUCUCGAUUGGGUCAUCGGCAAGGGGGACUCAAUUGGCCCAGAUGAUGAGUCGCCUCUCCAGGGUCUCUACCAUGUGCACAAUAAAGGGUCUUCUUUGGAUCUUGAACUUGAUCUCUACACAUGCGCAGCUGAUACGCCCCCGGAGUGGUAUGACUCGCCAUUGUGUCACCAUGUCGGCACUAUCCACUACAGCUUCAAGGAGAGCGAUCUAUUGAGAUUUGAACAAAAAAGAAAUAGUAGUGAUAGGACCAUGUGGCGACUGGAAUACAAACUCGGAUUUGACCUGCUCGCUGAUAUGGGCAGACUGAAAUUCAAGAUUCUGGGACCAGAUGACAAGGAAAUUGGGGAAACUAGCAUUGAUUACAAGUGAAACUUCACUGGCUAUAGAUAUUCACUUCUUUAUUUUAAUAUCAGUCAAGUCCUUGGUAUUUAAG